AACGGAGGAGCCGCGAAGGCUGCGGCCACCUCCAUGGUGGUCGACGCCUUCUCCACCAAGGUUGCCGGCGCCAUCAAGCCCGUCCUCGAUAAGGCCGCGCCAGCCUUCGCCGUCCUCUCGCAGGUCUUCGCCAUCGUCUACCCCUACAUCGAGAUGGCGUUCACCUACCUCGCCGUCGUCUGGGAGAAGCUCCAGCCGUACCACCCGCAGGAGUUCAUGCCCGCCAUCGCGGGCUUCGUCCUCGUCUUCUUCGGCGGCAACUUCUUCACCCUCGCCGCGGCGGUGGAGGCCUACCGCAUGGUCGGCUUCGACGACACCAAGACCGCGCUGAUCGCGCUGCACAAGAGCUACAAGGUCGCGCUCGAAGCGUCCAAGAAGGACGACGAGGUUGACGACGACGGCGACGGCAUCGCGGACGUCAAGCAGAUCUCGAGCAAGGAGCUCGUCCAGAGGAAGAUCGGCGUGGUCGCGAAGGCGAUCGACCCCGAGCUCGUGGCGGACGCCGUCACCGCCAUCAACGCCGGUCUCAUGGCCGUCGUCGCGACCCUGAAGGUCAAGUUCGCCAAGUGCGUCACCAUCGGCGUCACCGUCGGCGGCAUCGCGCACAACGUCGUCUCCACCAACUUCGAACCCGUGCUCCUGGAGCUCACCCCGGGUGAGUACAAGAAGUGGGUCUCGCCCGGCGUCAAGUACGCGUGCAAGCUCUUCGGCGUCUCCAUCGCCUGGUGGCUGCAGAUGACCAUCUCCGCGUUCCACUCCGCGUCCCGCGGCGCGCAGCUCUUCGCGCGCGGGUCCCUCGCCUACGCCGUGCGUCACAAGUACCUGAGCCCGUCGGCGAUUGACGAGAAGGGCAAGGUUUUCAACUUUUUCAUCGUCGGCCUCGGGUGCCUCGGCUUCUGGUGGCAGUUCUGGAACGGGUUCUCGCUGCCCUUCCCGGUGAACAUCCUCCUCCUGCCGGUCACGUUCGCCGAGUACGGCAUGAGGUUCCUCGUGUUCAUGCUCGGCUGAGGGGCGAGGCGAGCGACGGAUGACGGAGAGGUCGCAACGCGGCCGACAUUGUACAACAGUGGUUGAGAAAUUACGGCGCCGGGAGACUCGUAGGUGUACAUAGAGCUUCAGACGCGCGUCGCACCGAUAACGUGACGUUGUGUUCAUAUAUUACCACGCGAAUCCGAACGA